ACGACAAGAGAGACACCACAACACUACAUAAAGAGAGACCUAAAAUGACAACAUAGCAUGGCAGCAACACAUGGAAACACAGCAUGGUAUCAUGUGACCAAUGGUAUUUGUUACAUGCACCGAAUACAGUGAAAAUAUMAUUUACAAGCUCAUUCCCAAACRAUGCUGAGUUWAAUAACAAAAUGUUUAAAMACAUGAGAAAUAAAACACACAAUAAUUAAGUUAUAUACAGUGUUAACCUCUACCAUAUCAUUGUGCAGGGAUACGUGGUGAUUGAAGUAGAUACAGAAUGUACAAGGAGGCAGGGGUAAAGUGUCUAUACUGUGGGUGUACUGUAUGUGUACAUGUGUGGUAAUGUCCGCUGGGCUCAGACGUCAGUUCAACGUCAAAGCAAUUCAGAAAUUAUAAAACAAAGCCAUUUCAUUUUGUGAGCAUUCUCAUUCAUGCAAUUCCCAGUACACAAUGUAACAAUAUAUUUCCCAGUACAGUCAAAGCUGAAGUUGAGCCACGUUCAUUUGCCAAACGUUGUCGAACGUUGCAGAUAGAAAUUCCAUGAAUAGAGCCUACACAUGAUUCCUUGUUCUAUAUGUCAGAAAUGCAUUUUAAUGAUUCUACAUAAUACAUUCUAUCUGAACGUUCCAAAACGUUGUGUCCUGCUGAACUCGUCCCUGUUUUCUCCUGAACGAUAUUCCCGCGUAAUCUCGCGGUAAUGACCGGGUUGACCCUGCCCUAUGUCUCGCGCACUCGCAGCUCCAUGCUCGGUAUAUAAAGGAGGACAACGGCGGGUGAAGGACGGCUGGGAAGGCAGAGUCCGUGUUUGUAAAUAAGACCGUUAAAAUCUGUGUUUUAUUUACAAAAGUUAUGCCGGCUAUUUWUAAGUGUCGUACCCAGUUGUUUUAGGUCGUUUUUAAAAUAUUUUUUUGCUCUUAUUUCUCGCUUGAUUUUCGUGUGGUUUUACACUACGCGUAAUGGCGAGCUCGGCUAACUCGAAUCAAGUGCCUAAACUCUACAGGUCUGUGAUUGAAGAUGUUAUCAACGAGGUCCGGGAGCUCUUCCUGGAUGAGGGGGUGGACGAGCAGGUCCUCAUGGAACUCAAAACGCUGUGGGAGAACAAGCUAAUGCAGAGUAAGGCAGUGGAGGGCUUCAACACAGAGGAGCAGGCGGCCCUCCAGGCAGCAGCCCAGCAGCAGGCACAACAGGCCCAGCAGGCCACCCAGCAAGCCCAGACACAGCAGCUCCUCCUGCCCCCGCAGCAGCAAGUGACGAGCUGGCAAUCGACCCGGCCUACUGUCACCAGCGCACCCCAGCAGCAAGUCAUUAUGCAGGAUCCUAAAAUUCUGCAGCAUAUGAGUGCAACAGGGAUGAAUGCAGCAACCACAGCAGCAACCUUGGCCUUACCAACAGGAAUCAGUCCCUACCAACAACUCAUCACUAGCCAAGGCGGCAAUUUGUCCCAGAAUAUGUAUCUUAAAACAGUGGACGGUCAGAUCCUCCAGGUGCUGCGUGCGGCUAACGGGACCCAGUACAUUAUCCAGCCUCAGCAGCAGAUGGUCCUUCARCAGCAGGUCCUUCCUCAGAUGCAGCCUGGCGGUGGGCAGGCCCCCGUCAUACAGCAGGUACGCCCCAUCACACAGGUACUGGCUCCUCUACAGGGAGGACUCCCCCAGGUGCUGGCUCCUCUACAGGGAGGCCUCCCCCAGCAGACAGGAGUCAUCAUCCAGCCUCAACAGGUCAUCCUCACUGGGAACAAGGUCCAGCAGAAUGCACAGGUAAUGCARAUGACAGGCCAGCCCGGUCAGGUGCAGCAGAUCCAGCAGCAGGUCCAACAAGUUCAACAGGUCCAGGGCGGAGCUGCACCAGGAGGCCCACAGCAACAGCAGCAGACCCAGCAGCAGCAGCCUCCUAUAAUGCUGCAGGUGGACGGAGCGGGGGACACGUCCUCAGACGAAGAAGAUGAGGAGGAAGAGUAUGACGAGGAGGAAGAUGAAGAAAAGGAAAAAGAUGGAGAGGACGGCCAGGUGGAGGAGGAGCCUCUGAAUAGUGAAGAUGAUGUGAGUGAUGAGGAGGACCAAGAACUGUUUGAUACAGAGAACGUGGUGGUGUGCCAGUACGACAAGAUCCACAGAAGUAAGAACAAAUGGAAGUUCCACCUGAAGGAUGGGAUCAUGAACCUGAACGGCCGAGACUAUGUCUUCUCCAAAGCCAUCGGGGAYGCAGAGUGGUAAAACACACAGCACAAAGKAUGCGUCCCAAAUAGCACUCUAUUACCUAUAUAGUGCACUACAUAGGGAAUAGGGUGCCAUUUGGAACACAGRAAAAGGAACACAMAACAACAACAAAAAYACCACGAAGGAACUCUGGAACUUUCUGUCAAGUUUGAGAAAGAGACUCAUCGAUAACUAUGACCCAGGGAAUCAUAUUUCAGGACCUGGGAUGGGUUGGUUUGGGAAGGAAAUAAACGUAACACACCACCCAAAACUGUGAUACUGACUGAUGCACAUCUGUAUGAGUGGUAUAUCUGUAUUAACACCCAAUACCCUACAAGCCUCCCAAGACAAGACACUGAGGAUUUCAUGCGGCACGGCCGAGGGAUCGAAGGAGAAAUCUUCUUAGGUUCUUUGUUUGACUGAAUUCGCCUCCAUUUUGACCUGACUGUUUUCUCCCACACUUAUAGUGGACCAGAUAUAACCACUGACUUGAGUUGACCCACCCUAAACACUUUAUGCCAAUAGGUUUGAAUCCGGGUCAAAGGUCAGAUAAAAUAUCCAGUGAUUGGACAGGGAGUCUUUCGAUCCCAGUUGUGUGCCUAGUGAUUGGCUAGGAAACCUGUCAGUCAAUCUCAGUUUUUUUCAGUGACUGGGCACCACACAGUGAAGUUGACACCAGUGUAUUGAGUUAAGAUGGCUGUUUGAAAAAGGCUGACGUUAUUAGCUUCAUCUGCUUGUAGAUCUGGGUCCAUGUCACUGAUAUGAUAUUCCUGCCACAUGUUCUGUUGGUCCAUACUAAAAGUGCCCUCCUGUUUAUCUAGUUGAUAGUGAUAGCCACUGUGUUCAGCAGUCCAGCUCCCCUCCUGUCGCUGUUUUAAUAUUGUUUUAUUAUGAUGAAGACGAACACUAAAGGCAAAAGGAUGUUUUUAUUUUCUCCAAGAGUGCCGAGUCGAAACAUUUCUUCCCGAGUCAUAUAUUUAAAUAUGUCUCUGAUUUCAACCUGUCUGCUUCAUGCCCUAAUCCUGAAGCAUCCUAUUGAUGACUGUCGCUUUGUAAAGAAUCAACCAAUGAAUGGAUAGAUACAAUUAUUGUAAAAACGUCUUCAAAACACUUAUCUGAGAGUUUUACUAUUUUGUGGAUCCGGUCUUCUGAUUCAGUACCCGAUCAGUACAGGCAGCGGGAGAUUUGCACUGUCAGUGUCAAUGUAUCGUUCUGUCAGUCAGUGGAGUUUGUCCACAGCCACAACAUGCCCAAUCCUUCUGGCUUAUUUUUCUCCUGUGUCUUUGUGUGUAUUUGAGUGUUACUCUUUUUGAGGUCUGUCUGAGUUCACUGCUUGAUCUUGUCAUCAGUUCAAUGUUGUUGGAAUGGUCACCCACAUCCUCUUUCUGACGUUACAGUACAAAUGGAUCAUAUUUUUAUGAUUAUUUUUUUUAUUCGUUUUUGUUGUAUUUAUUCCUGAAAGCUCAGGCGAUGUUAUAUUUUUGAGAGUAAAAAGAAGACAAGAAGCYGCACCAAACUGCUCUUAUGACCAUAACCAUGUGUUGCUUUUCUCCCUAUGUUUUUCUGUUGGCUGGACUAGGCUCCAUGUGCUGUGCUCCACGUCAUGACUGCUGUGUGUAUGUAUAGCGCUGUCUGUGUCUGUCUGUCGUGCACUUUUAAUCAUGAUGAUGAUUUUAUAAAAGUCCUCUUCACGCCAGGUUCAACUGGGGGGUAACUUGGCGUGUGUUCUCUGCAGUUUAAUGAUUUUUUUUAACAGUACCCUUUGCAUAUUUUUUUUCUCUGAAAGAAGUCAACUGUCUUCAGCUUUUCUUAGUGUCUUUGAUUCUGUUUGGGUUUAGUGUAUAUACACAUGGCUGUGCAGUCUGACACAAUGGCCCACAAAUGAAGUCAUUCUGUUGAUGAACGCAUAACGGAACAUUUCAGAGUAUGUUCUGGGUCU